UAUUUUCUUUUUAUAUUUGAAGAAGGAUAAUUAAAAUUCUAUUUUAUAUUCAGUAAAGUACACAGUCGGCCCGCCUUCUCUAUAAUCGUUGCAAGCAACUCAAUGAUCAAUCCAAAAAAAUCCGCGAAUAUUAUCAAACAUUCGAAUUCUACCGAAAAUAGACUUCACAUUUCAUUUCUCAGCUCUGCGGUAUUCCUAUCAUGCGCAACCCCAUAUCCACUUCUGCGCCGAUCCUCGACAAUUCAACUACAGUUACUUCUAGUGUUACUCCUACUCUUACUGAUAUGGAAGUUUCCCCGCGAGUAGAUUACGUCGAUGUACUCGCCGUUUUAACUCGCCGAGUAAGGCUAUUAAACCAAUGGGAAAUUGAUGUUGCAAAGGCGGAGAUGGAAGCUCUUGCCAGUAUUUUACUCAAUCGUCCAUUGUCCCUCAUCACCCCCAGAGCCCGAUGUUCUACUCUACCGCGUUCACGAUUCGAGAACAUCCCACUCGCCUUAUUCUUCCGAUAUGGGAAUCAGGUGUUCUGGUUGGCAAGAAAGUCUGAUAGAUGAUCAACCGAAAAAUAGACAAAUUAAUGGGGAAGCCUUUCAGGAUCAUUGCAAGGCAUAUGGGAACACGACACCGAGCCCUUAUAUCUCUGUUCAUACAUCUAUUGCUCGUCUCAUUAGAUACAUAGUGUCUCGUAAUUUUCAUCAAGAUUAGGAGAACGAACUUUGCACCAUUUUCGUCAUUUCACUUAAUAAAUUAAAUCAACUAGGUAUUUAAGCAACUUGUACGGAUGAUAUCCUGGCUAGUUAUAACAGGGAAUAUAAAAAAAAUCCCUCGAGAUUUCAAUGGGAAAAUGGAGUCUG